CAGAAACAUAACAGAGCCGCGUCGAGAUCGGGAGCAGCAAGGACGUCAGUAGUAGUACUUAACUCAACCCCGUCGCCGUCCCGGUUCACCCCAAUCUUUUCCCCCCCAUCCGCCCCGCAGGUCUGUCUAGGUAAGGGGUGGGAUGUCAUUGCCGGAAGCCCGUCCCUUUGUCGUCGUCGUCGCCGCCGUCCUACCUCGAGCAAAGAAAGUAGUAACUUGAGUAGUAGAAAGACGCGACUACGUACGUACUACGUCGGAACCCGGCCCCCGCUAGCUCGACCCAACAAACAAUCGUUCUUCUGACCGACACGAGACAACGACAAUGGCCGCCGCUUCCGUCAUGGACUCGCUCGCCCGCCUGGGCCUCCAGCUGCCCGAGUUCCUGUUCCAGGCCGGCAGCAACGCCUCGUCGUCGUCGUCGUCGUCUUCGCCGCUGUCGACCUCCAUAUCCGCGGUGCUGUUCGGCGCUGGUGGGGUCGGCAGCAACGGCUCCGGCUCCGGCGCCGGUGGUGGGUCCUCCGGCUCCGGGCCCGGGUCCGCGACCGGCUCCGGUGCCAGCGGUCCCUUCUCCGCGGGCGUCAUGGACAGCUUCCUCGCCACGGCGGGCUACUCGUCGUCGCCGCUCAUGCAGCUCUUCCUCUUCGUCUACCGGCAGCUGGGCGCGCAGCUCGGGCUCGACCCCUCGGUGGUGCUUACCAUGCUGGGCGUGCUCUGGGGCGCCAGUAAGAUCUGGCAGCAGGUCUGGGCCUACGUCUGGGAGCUGCUGGACCGGCACUUCAUGUGCGCCAUGUACGUGGGCGAGUACGACCACAUCUACUCGCAGCUCAUGAAGUGGCUGUCGCUGCAGCAGAGCAUCAAGAGCAGCCGCUACCUCAUGGCCCAGACGGUGUGGAAGAGCGCCUGGGACGACGAGGAGGAGCUCGAGCACGCCCUCUUCUGGACCGACGGCGACGACGGCGACGGCCAGCAAAGGUACCUUAACUUCUCUAACCAGGCCGCCCGCUCCGGCCCGCGCUUCGUCCCCGCCAUGGGCAUCACCGGCUUCUGGCACAAGGGCACCUACUUCCGCGUCACCCGCCGCAAGGAGUCCCUCAUGAGCACCAGCGGCUGGGGCGCCAUGAAGGACCUCGAGGAGAUCAAGAUCGCCUGCUUCGGCCGCUCUAUAGAGCCUAUCAAGCGCCUACUCGCCGACGCAAAGACAGCCUACUACUUCGACACCUACCGCAAGACCACCAUCUACCGCCCCCGCCCCAAGGAGCUGCGCCGCGAGAACGGCAUGUGGCACCAGGUCGCCCGCCGGCCUAUCCGCCCCAUGCGCACCGUCGUCCUCGACGGCCAGGAGAAGCAUAACGUCCUCGCCGACGUCAACGAGUACCUGCACCCGGCCACGCCUCGCUGGUACGCCUCGCGCGGCAUCCCCCUCCGCCGCGGCUACCUGUUCCACGGCCCGCCCGGCACCGGCAAGACGAGCUUCUCUUUUGCGCUCGCCGGCGUCUUCGGCAUCGAUAUUUACGUCAUUAGUCUGCAGGACGUCAACGUCACCGAGGAGGACCUGGCCGCCCUCUUCACCAAGCUCCCCCGGCGAUGCAUCGUCUUGCUCGAGGACAUUGACACGGCGGGUCUCCGAAGAGACGACGACGACAACGAAGACGUCUCCGACGCCGAGAGCCAGGAAAAAGAAAAGGAAAAGGAAAAGGAGAAAGAAAAGGACAACAAGGAGGGUAAGGGCGGAGAGGUUAACAAGGCAACGAUAAAAGGGGCCAAGGCCUUGACCAACGGCGUCAAUGGCGACCACAAGGCCAAGGACGUCAGCAAAAAGAAGAAUGGCGGGAAAAAAGACAAGGCCAAGAAGAAAUCCAGCAAGAAGAAGGCGGUAGAGUCAAGCGACGACAGCGACGCUUCCGACAGCGACGAGACCGCGGACAGCAGCGGAAGCGACACCGACACCGACACCGACACAAAGACCAAGAAGAGUCGCAAGCGGCGGAGCAAGAAGCGCGGGGGCAGCCGAAACCUGUCAUCGUCGUCGUCGGGCCGCAAGGUGGUGGCCCUCGAGAGCAUCUCGCUGUCGGGCUUGCUCAACGCCAUCGAUGGCGUGGCGUCGCACGAGGGCCGCGUGCUCAUCAUGACGACCAACAAGCCCGAGUCGCUCGAUGAGGCGCUCAUCCGGCCGGGGCGCGUCGACGUACAGGUGGCGUUCAUGAACGCGUCGAGUGAGCAGGCGGCGGAGCUGUUUUACCGCAUGUAUGAGGCGUCGCGGCCGCGGCAAAGGGGGUUGCCGUUAGGGGGGCAGCAGCAGCAGCAGCAGCAGCACAAGGAAAAGGAGAAGAAGAGUCAGGAGCAUCUGCAGCAGCAGCAGCAGCAAAAGAGGGCGGCAGCGACGACGACGACGACGACGACGAUGGGGCCGUCAGGGUCGGCGGACCGGCCGGCAGUCGAAGCCAUGCUCCUACAGCCGCACGAGGAGCUGGACGUGUCCGAGGAGGAGCUCAGGGGCAUCGCGCACGAGUUUGGGCGGCGCAUCCCGGCGGGGACGUUUUCGCCGGCCGAGAUCCAGGGCUUCCUGCUCAAGCGCAAGAAGAGCCCGCGCAAGGCGCUCGAGGACGUCGAGGGCUGGGUGGAGGCGGCGGUGAAGCAAAAGGAGACCAACUCCAAGGUGUCUACGGUGCAAUGAGUGUUGACUGUCAGUUCAGUGCGUACGUACCUUGCCAAGGCUUUGGCUUUGGGUAUACGUGUUAUAGAAAGAAGGUGCUCGGUAUUGGGGGUGUCAACUGCUUGUUGUUCCUGGCGUCUUGUUUGCUGCUUCUGUUGGGGCUGAUGCCGUUGGUGCAGGUGAUGGUGCUGGUGAUGUUGACUUCUGGGGGUGGGGCGGCCAUUUUCUGCAUUUUGAGGCGGGCAAGUAGCACGAAAUUGGGACAUGUCAUUGAAUACACAAAUCCGCAUCAGCCGAG